AUUAUGUUGACGUAGCAACACAACACGUUUCUGUAGUUGAACCAUUACUAUCUACAAGGGAAACUAUUAUUGAGACUCCACCAACGGGCUGUUGCAGUAAAAAGAAACGUCAGAAAAAAAAUUAUAGAAAAAGAUAAAAUGUCAAUAGCCAACUUCACUUUCCUUAAUCUUUAAAAAGAAAAAAAAAUGAAAUACACAUUAAUAAUUGUAAAUAUUUUAUUAUUUAAAAUAUAUUAUGUGUUUAGUACAAUAGAUAUAAAUCUUUCGGAAUUAGAGUAUUUAGCUUUACAUCUAGAUCACAGAGAGUGCAAUCGAUUGAUAGCUGCCCUUCAUUACACGACUUAUGACCUACCAUCUGACAUUUCUGGCGCUGAAAGAUUGGUGAGUAAUGAUAUAACAUGCCUGGAGCAUUUAAUCCAUUGGAACAGUACACCAGGGGAGGGUAAAGGUAAAACUCAUACAAUAUUAGCGCACCGUUUACAUCAAAUAAAUCGAAGUGACCUAGCUGAUUGGCUUGGAAGUACAGUCUUCAGGCAACUUACUAAAGAUCUAUUUAGGUCAAUGAAUAAACCCUUGAGUGAACAAGCCAAACAAGCCAAACAAGCCAAACAACAAAAACAACGGGCCGAGACGCAGUAA